UUUAGAAAUGGCCUAAAAUUACAGAAUAGAAAGUAAAUCAAAAUUCAAACCUGGUAUACAGCCCAUCAACGCAAUGGGUUUGGAUAAUCCAUCGGGCUAUAUUCUGGCGUUCAACCAUACUGUGAAAGGAAGCUCCGUAUCGUCUUCGCCAUGGUCUGAUUUGCAGAGAAUGGAAGGAGGGAGUAGCAGUAUAGCGACCGGGAGAUACAGAUACGUACACGAUGUUAGUAAGGGUUCGCCGGAAGCCAUAGAUGUCCACCAUGUCAUGCUUCAAACAAAUGCUUCAUCAAAGGCUUCGAUUCUACUCUUCUUUCUUCUUCCCUGCUCGCUACUCCUGCAGCAGGCGAGGUCGAUUGGUGUUCUUAUUUGGAGCUUGACUGUAAUGGCGGUAGUUGCCAGGAUGUAUCUAAGGCGGGUUGUGAGAGAGUCUGUAAUAAUUUUGCCUGGUUUUGGAGUUCAGCUUGAGACUCAAUACCGAAGUGGGAGAAUCAUUCAUCGCUUUGUUCCUUCCAGCAUGAUCUUGAAACCGGUCCUGAAUGAAUGUGUGACCCCUGUUACUUGUUACUGGAGCCUGUCUCUGAUCAUUCAUGGAGAAGAGCAGCUUCUUGUCGUUUUCAAGGAAUUACACCCUCCGGUUAAAACUUUGGUUCCCAUCUGGAAGGCUUUAUGUGCUUCCAUUGAAUGUGGAACACAUACAUGAAUGAUAUCUCUCCAUGCUGAUUUAGUGAUUUGUACACUACGGCUAACAGAUUCUUUGAUACAAGAAAGAAGUCCCUGUGGAUAGCUUCUGUUUUAAAGCAACAGUGUGAAGAGAACUCAACUUUAGUGAUUCUUUUGUAACCACAACUAGGUUAUAUCACAUGCUAUUUUUUUUCUAUACUA